GGCGGGGGUGCGGCGCGGCGCGGGGCGCAGCCAUGCUGCGCCGCUCGCUCUGGCUCUGCCUCUGCCUCUGCUCCUGCCCGGCCUGCGGGCUGCGCAUCCAUGAAUACUUGUAUUUCCAAGUGCUGAGCCCCGGAGACAUCCGCUACAUCUUCACCGCCACUCCGGCCAAGGACUUCGGGGGGGUGUUUAACACAAGGUACGACCAGAUCCACCUGGUCCCGGCAGAUCCGCCCGAAGCCUGCGGGGAGCUGAAUAAUGGGGUCUUCAUCCAAGACCAGAUCGCCCUGGUGGAGCGGGGGGGCUGCUCGUUCCUGUCGAAGACGCGCGUGAUCCAGGAGCACGGAGGACGGGCGGUGAUUAUUGCCGAUAACGCCUACGAUAACGACAGCUUCUAUAUCGAAAUGAUCCAGGACAGCACCAGGCGCACGGCGGACAUCCCCGCGCUCUUCCUGCUGGGCAGGGACGGGUACAUGAUCCGGCGCUCGCUGGAACAGCAUGGGCUCCCGUGGGCUGUCAUCUCCAUCCCCGUCAACGUCACCAGCAUCCCGACGUACGAAAUGAUGCAGCCGCCCUGGACCUUCUGGUAGCAGCGGAGGCCACGGAGCAUCGCGGACUUCUCGGUGGAUCCCAGGAGCUUGCCCCAGGGACCGGUUGUGAGGAAAGGGCCCCACGCGCUCCCAAAAUCCCACCACCCAGCCUUGCUGGAUGCAGCAACGGGAAGAUCUUCACGCUGCCGCUGGUGCCAGAUGGCAAACGUCAGCGCCGGCUGUGGGACCUGGACUGUGGCAUUGAACAACCUUUGCAGUGACUUUCUGGGAGGGAGGUGAUGGCCCAGAGCAGAGAGCCAGGCCAGCACUUCCCCGCGAAACGUUUUGGGACGCAUGCGAUGCCAGCCGUAGCUCGUGCUGCCGAUUUAGAGCGGUGCAGUAUUACGUGGACGCAGUCUCAGGGGGCUGGGAGGGAGAGCUAGUUCUGGGGUCAGUCUGUGCUAGCAGGGCUCACCCAACGUCUGUAUAUUUUUGUCUGAGCUAAUGAAGUCUAAACGGGUUUUA